GUCGCCGCCUGCAGGUGCAGCAGCGCCAGGGGGGAGCGGCGCGGAACCUCCACGCACCCGCAGCAGCCGGCAGGCUGGGAGCAAAGUGUGACCUUCAAUAAGACAUCAUAUAUGCUGCAGCACUUGGAUACUUCAAGGCCCAGGAGAGAGCCGUUGCGGCGGUGUGCCAUUUCUGUCCUUCCACACUUUCAGACGCUCCAGAGCCUCCCAGCCUGCACACGGACAGAUGGCCGAGAGUGCUAAGGAGGAAGGCGCCCACCCGCAGGGCCAAGGAGCAGCCACGGAGGCGCCCAAGGGUGAUGUGGCACCACCAAGGCCUCGACUGAAGAGGCGGCCGGGCCCGUGUCUUCCAUGCAUGGAUGGGAAGAAAUGCAGCGUAUGGAUGUUCUUACCUCUUGUGUUGACACUGUUUACCUCAGCGGGACUGUGGAUUGUAUAUUUUAUAGCAGUAGAAGACAGCAAAAUUAUCCCACUAAAUGUGCUAGACAGGAAAUCGAGUCCUCUAAAGCCACCUUACAUAAGUAUUGCAGGUGAUGCCCCUCCUGCAAGCUGUGUGUUUAGCCAAGUCAUGAACAUGGCAGCAUUUCUAGCACUUGUCGUGGCCGUCCUGCGCUUUAUUCAGCUAAAGCCCAAGGUCUUGAACCCCUGGCUCAAUGUGAGUGGCUUGGUGGCGUUAUGCUUGGCCUCCUUUGGAAUGACGUUACUGGGCAACUUCCAGCUUACCAAUGAUGAAGAAAUCCAUAAUGUUGGCACCUCUCUGACCUUUGGUUUUGGCACCCUGGCCUGCUGGAUCCAGUCUGCAUUAACACUUAAAAUAAACUUGAAGAAUGAAGGAAGAAAAGCAGGGAUUCCACGUGUUGUGCUGUCAGCAGUGAUAACCCUCUGCGUAGUCCUUUAUUUCAUCUUGAUGGCCCAGACGUUUCACAUGCAUGCCGCAAGGAUACAGUGGGGCAUGGUGAUGUGCUUCCUCUGCUACUUUGGCUCCUUCGCGGUGGAGUUCAGACAUUACCGCUUUGAGAUCAUUUGCUCCGAGUACCAGGAGAAUUUCCUUAGCUUUUCAGAAAGCCUCUCUGAAGCCUCCGAGUACCAGACGGAUCAGGUUUAAUCCAGCCUGCCCCUUUCUGUUGUCAGUGUUGGGUGCCUGCAGUCUCAUGACUGGCACCAUUUCCCACUUAAAAAAAAAAAACCCAAUACUUGUCCAUUUUCCACACCUAAUCACAGGCAAGGUACCAAAAGGGUCUCCUGAGGACAGAAGAUGCAGCAAGAGAUGCGGCGCUCCAUGCCUCCUUGCCCUGCUUCUCUCUUGCUGUCUCUUACAACACAGUUCCUGUCCUUGGGCUGUGCAUCUCCUCCCCACACACCUCUUGCCGUUUGCGGGCAGAAGUGGGGGAUAUUACAUCAUUCCCACGGUGCACAGCACUUUACAAGGAAAAGUGGCAAAGAGACAUGGAGCAGUUGUAGGUUUCAUACGCUCAUUUCCGCUCUGAAGGUGGCUGUGAAAGUGGAUGGAAGCAGUCUUGUAAAUUCCUCAGUGAGUCCAUCAUGAAUUUUAGUGCGAGAUCACACUGACACCUCUUGCUCUGCACGUCAGCUUCUUGCACUCCUAGGUGCCGACUUGGGAUUGGCCCUAAAAAGGAGGAUGCUCUUUCCCUGCAGGGCAGCAGCUUGAUUGCACCGUCCAUGUUGGCCCUUAGUAGUUCUAGAAUGUCUGCAAUGCCUCUGCAAGUCGGCCUUUAAAUCCGCUGCUGAACUGGGAGACUUGGAAAGAGCACCUCUCUCCGUCCUGUUCUGUAGCCCAUGGCAGCAAGUAAGUCUGCCGCAUACCCCCCACCUGGCAGGAGGGCUCUGACACACGGACCCGGUGUGUGGGGAGGGGGGGCAGGGAAGGCGCUCUUGACUCAGCUGUUGAUUUAAUUAGGAACUGGGGCCUGUGAAUCUCUCCAGAUGAUUUGGCCUGCGACUCUCCUCUCCACCAUAGCUGGCUGUGGGUGAUAGGAGUUGUAGACCCAAGCAUCUGGAAGGACAAAAGUUGCCCACUCUUGUUCGAAGGAAAAUCCCCCAGUUGCCGUCCGCUCAGCCUUGUUGCAUUUUUGUCCCCGUUUUCUGCAUGCCAGGCAGCUUUUAAAACCCAAGGACCCCAGUGCAGAGGGAGGGGACCCGACAGCUGGCAGCUCUCGAGUCAGCACAGGCCACUAGGGCGAGAGGCAGGUGGAACCUUCGCCUUCCUCCUUAAACUCAGGUUUAGAACGGUCAGCUUUUUUUUUCCUGUUGGAACGCCUGUCCUUUUACAAGCUGCCUGUCAUGGUACUGCUGGCAUGGAGGGAUGGGGCAAAUUCCCUGCAGCUCAUCUACAUGUCAGGCAGCUCAUAAUGUCCGACUAGUUUCAGUGAGACAUUGGCAACUCAAUGCAGAAAGACAGGGCUCCUGCACCUUUCAUGAGUGGGCAGAAAAGAGAGUUUCAUUAGGUCCACGCAACUGUUAACUGUGCAGGAACCUAUUGCAUGGCUACAGUUAUUAGCAACAGCAUUCAGAAAACACCCGGUGCCUAAUUUCAAAGAAAGGAAGCUGCUUUAGCCCUUCCGAUUCCUGCAUUCCAGAUAGAUUGGUCCACAGCUGGUCAUUGCUGGGCAGGCUUGUUGGUUGAGAAAAUGGAAAGACAGGCUUGUUCUCCUGCCUUGAACAUGGUGGGCAGAAAGCAGCAGAUGAAAUUUUUCAUGGCAUGAAGCAUAGACACUGCUGUGCCUGCAUUUCACUUGGUUGCUCAAGGCAUAGCUACAGGGGCAAGUUGGAAAGCUGGACCCCCAAGACAGGGGUUUGGUAACUCCCAGCUGUGGGCAGAAGUCUUUGGAACAGAAAUGUUCACAGUACAAUUCUAUGCAUCCUUGAGAAUAAGCUCCAUUAAACACAGGAUUUUCUUCUGAAUAGACACACACAGCAUAGGAAUGGCACUGUCAUAAGUCUUUCUUUCUCCCUUUUAAGAUCAAUGUAUCCUGUCCAAAAAAGUUCAAGAACCUAGAGAAAUAGUUACAGGUGGAAAUGAGAAAGCACCAUUGAUAGAAAGUUUUAUCACUGUUGUGUGUGGUCAAACUCUGACUUGCGGAGUUUCUACUUAGCUUUUUUCUCUUGUUGCUGAUGGCCGCAGAGUUUGGCUAAGAGCUUCACAUUUAACUAUUGGGAACAGGGAGGCUUGGCAUCGUAACAUGCUUGCUUUGGGCUAGUUUGUCAUCCGAGUUGGAGUAUGUGACAUUGGACUUUAAAAAGGCAAACUUUAAAUUGUAUAGUCCAGAAGUCUCACUUGAUAGAGGUAGGUAUGGGGGGCUGUGGGAGGUUAAAGCUGAGCCCAGGCUUAAAUGUGCUUUAUGCAUAGCUGUGGAGAGCAUGGGAGCAAUGUACAGAUACCGAGACGCACACACAAGACAUAUAGCUAAAAUAGGGUUCUGUUCAAAUGUGAUUUACUGUAAAUAGUUCACUGUGAUUUUUUUUAAAUGAAUGUUUAUGUUGUAUCAUUUUAUAUUUUGAAAUUUUAUUGGGAGAGAAAUCAAACAGUUUGUGAACGAUUUUUCUUCUCUUUCCUCCUGCCCCUCACCUGAUAUGCAACCCAAGCUGAAAUUCAAGCUUUUUGGUGUAUAUUGUACAUUUCUUAAAAGUAUUUCUUAUGGCACAUUUCAGUACAGCUGCGUAAUGAUUAAUAAUUGUACACUGAAACAUGAACACUAAAUAAAUUUCUUUUAUGGAGA